CUGCACGCAACACGAAGCCACAGUUGGGUUUUGAUUUAGGUUUCUCAAUCGAUGAGAUAGGAGGAGUUCGAGGGACGGACGGACGAUGGAGGGGCAGGUUGCGCCGGUGGUGGCGAUCGCGAGGCCUGCGAAGGAGCGGCGGUACAGAGGGAUUCGGAUGAGGAAGUGGGGGAAGUGGGUGGCGGAGAUCCGAGAGCCGAACAAGCGGUCCAGGAUAUGGCUGGGGAGCUACUGCACCCCGGUGGCGGCCGCGAAGGCAUACGACACCGCGCUGUUCUACCUCCGCGGCCCCGCCGCCCGCCUCAAUUUCCCCGAGGACAUCUCCGCCGACGCCGUAGGCGCGGCUGACAUGUCGGCGACGUCGAUCCGGAAGAGGGCAGCGGAGGUGGGCGCGAAGGCGGACGCGAUGCAGCUGGGCACUGCAGGGGCGGCGGCGGCGCUGCUCUGCGCGCGGGAGGAGGAGCGGCGGCGGGUCAAAAAAGGGGAUAAACGGCGGUAUAAGAGUCCGGACCUCAAUCAGGAGCCGGAGCCGGAGAGCGGCGACGACGGCGGCGGUGGCGGGCGGAGCGGCAGCUCGUAGUAGGAUGAUGCGUGGAUCAAGAAACCGGGGUGUCGAUAUACUGUCGAUAGGCGAUAGUUUUGUGAAAUUUCUAGCUGUAGUUUUUUAGAUUUUUGUGGGGAAUUGAAAACAGCAGAACCAGAUUGGCGAGAAGGGAUAUAAUGAUGAAGAAAGGGACCAAAUCAGUGAAUAAAAUCAAAGGAAAUCUCUUUCUUUUAUGGUGCAGAUGUAUGUAGCUCAAAGGGGUUCUGUGAUCUACCAAUAAUACAUCAAAUUUCCUUGAUUUUCAA